AUGCUUGAACGGCAGUUGUCACGCGGCGGUCGGUCAGACACGAGGUCCGUGCGGUGGCGUUUACCGUCUUGAAAGGGUUUGUCCGCGAAUCAUCAUCACCAUCAUUAUAAUAUUAUAUACUGUUAUUGUUUGCGUUUAAAGACCCAAAAGACAUUUGUCGAUAGUAAAAACCACAGCAAACGAUCAGAGUGUGUCGCGAUAUCACCGUAUAAAUUGUGUACAAGUGCUUGAAGAAUCCACAACGGUCGGACCGGGCAGGACUAUAAUAAUAGUAUUAUCAAUCGCACCGGAUUAGCGCAAAGGUGAUGAUAACCAAAUAACCACCAUGGGCAUUGCCACGGCUAGUUCGACGGCCAUUUCGCUGGAAUUCGAAAAGGAGCUGCGGUUGAAGUGCGAAAAUCAAUUGAACGAAACGAUCCGCAAUAAUACUAGUUCGAAUUACUGCCGAGGCACCUUUGAUGGAUGGCUAUGUUGGGGCGACACUGAAGCCGGAGUCACCAUACACCAGCCGUGCCCUCAGUUUAUCUCUGGAUUCGACCCAACCAGAACCGCCUACAAAAUUUGCAACAAAGAUGCCACUUGGUUUCGACAUCCUGCUUCCGGUGCCGUCUGGUCAAACUACACGACUUGCAUAGACCACGAUGACGUUAACUGGACUCAACAUGUCAACAACAUUUAUCAGUUUGGUUAUUUAAUAUCGUUCAUAGCGCUGUUGCUGUCAAUCGGCAUCCUUACUUAUUUUAAAUCUCUUAGAUGCGCCCGUAACACGUUGCAUACACACAUGUUUGCUUCGUUUGCCAGUAACAACCUGCUGUGGCUGCUCUGGUAUAACCUGGUCAUCGACCACCCGAAUGUGGUGCUCAACAACGAGUGGUGGUGUCAAGUACUUCACGUAGUCACGCAUUAUUUUUUACUGACAAACUACGCGUGGAUGUUCGCCGAAGGUUUCUAUUUGCACACUUUACUGGCCUACGCUUUUACUGCUGAAGACACUCUUGUUCGAUGGCUGUGGAAGUUGGCUUGGUCCACUCCGAUGGCCAUCAUAUCCGUGUACGCCAUACUCAGAAUCGUCCACAUGCAGACAUCCGAGUGUUGGAUGAACGAAGCUUACUGGUCGGUGCUGGUAAUGCCGGUCAUCUUUUGUUUGCCUAUCAACGUGUUGUUCCUGUUUAAUAUCGUCCGUGUGCUUUGGGUCAAACUGCAAGCCGGUCCUUCGCAUCUGUCGAACAGCACGCCGUCCAGGGCCAUGUUGCAAUCGUUCAGAGCCACUCUGCUGCUGAUGCCUCUGCUGGGUCUCUAUUACCUGCUCAUGCCUUUCAGACCGGACAAGCACCACCCUUGGGAACGAUAUUACGAAAUCAUAUCAGCCGUUACGUCGUCGUUCCAAGGACUUUGCGUGGCAACGUUAUUCUGUUUUCUAAACGGAGAGGUGAUUGCUCAGAUCAAGCGGCGUUGGCAGUUCAUGUUUUUCCGGACCAGGGCCAACUCUUACACGGCGACAACGGUCUCGGUACGUCAGUUCGUGAGGUCGACCGUAGGGCCGGGUGACAACGAAGAUAAAGUAUAGGAAAAAUCUUCCUCGCAGCAGUUGACGUCGGACCGUCGAUCUUUACCGGAAAAACGUACACCGUUUUUAAAUCAAAAUAUAGACAUUAAGAUAAAAUGUUAAUAAUAAUAAUAAUAAUAUUAUUAGUUAUAUUGUCUCACCGUACAACAAUGAACAUUUUGCACAUACUCGUCCAAAUAAGUGCGUUAAGUAUUGGAAUUAUACCGCCCAAGCUUUUGACUUCUUGUUCUUAUUUAUUUAUUUAUUAUUAAGUAAGUAUUUAAAUCAAAAGGUAUGCGGGUGGAGUGGGUAGUAGUAAUUAAUAGUAUUGUCCAGCACAAUCCACGACCUCGAAGCAUGCUUUGGUAACAAUUGAAACACUGUGUUUUGCUGUUUGGUUGUUUUGAACUACACGGGUAAUAUACUAAAUCAUUCAAACAGGUUUCACGUCUAUUAUUCCAGUAGAAAAAUACAAAAUAUACCAAUUCGUGGUUUUGAUUGCACAAAAUUUGAUUAAACAAAUUAUUUAUUAUUGAUAUAAUCCUUGAUAUAGACGUAUAAAUGAUGGCAUUUUAAGUGUUUAACUCUUUUGUUUAGAACUAUGUUCUUCUACAAAAACAUCUGUGUUUUGUGUUAAUCCUUAAAAAUGAUGAUUUCCAAAAAAGUGUUGACAUGAUUUGAUUUUGGUACCUGUUUAGUGUUCUAUCUUUAUCGGAAAUUUGUGGCAACCGAAAUUUAAAAAAAACAAUAAUAUUUAAGUAACAUUUUAAACAAUAUUAUACUUACAUUUUGGUCAAUAUAAAAAUGGUCUAUACCUCCUUUUUUUUUAAUUAAAAUUUUUAUUCAAAAACUAUUUGAUUUUAAAUUUAAAUUGAAUUUAAAAAAUAUAGCUGGGAAUUUUCUCAAAACACGCAUGACUAACCUAAUAACGAAAAUAAACAAGGAUGAUUUUCUAUUAAUAAUUAUAUUUUAUAAAAAGAAGUAUAUUUUAAUCAUAUGAAAUUUGGAUGACAAAAUUCGUAAUAUUACAUCAUUUUUGAUCGAUAAAAGCUAGUAAGAAAUGUCUUACCGUGUUAACAGGUUAAGUAAUUAUCUAUUGGUAUAAACCUGUAUAUUUCCCUAAGGUGCCAAUGUCUGUAUACUUUACUCUAUAAAACGUAUAAUUGUCAAUAUGUUAUUUUGUAUAUAUAUUUGUACUUUUGAUCACAAAACCCAGCUUUGAGAUUUUCCCGUAAGUUGGUGAUAAGAAUUUUAGACAUAGGCAAUCCAUUGGCCAAGGCCUAUUUUUUGAGAAAAUUCGGUAAAGGGCUAAAACAGAUUGCCAAAAUUAUACCCCUUCGGGUAACGUCGACAACUUUCAUACAUCUAUAAAUACAGCUCUAUCUGUCCGUUUAAUAUUCAGUUACUAAUACGUCAUAUUUUUAUUUUAAUUUAUUAAGUUUAAAUUAAUUAAUCAACUGACUUUAAAAAGCGUUAAACUAUGUUAAGCUGAUGUAGAUGUAUUUAAUCAAAUAUAACAUUAUUAUAAAAAUCGUGAUACUUAAAAAUGUAUAAUUCUCUAUAAUAUAAUAUAAUUUUUGUUUUUUAACUCAUAGUGAAUGUCAUUCCCAGCUCAUGACUGGACAGAGCUAUAAAUUUGUAAAUUUUUACCGUUGGCAAUUUUCUUUAGACAGUGUUACCCAAAAUCAAAUAACACAAAUCCCACUUUGCUCGUAAUUCGUGUACCUACUACACUCGUGUGUAAAUAUUUAUAAAAAAAUUUUCGCCUAUUUCUAAGCAUUUCAAAUUUAAAUCUUGUUUUUUGUCUAUUUUAAACUCAUUUCAAACGCGGCAAACGUGGAAGUUGUUAGUUUUAGUACUUAAAUUAGGAAGUUUUAUAUUCAAAUAAAUAAUAAAUUUAUGAAAAAAAAAAUGUUUAAAUACAACUUUUAUAUAUCAUCAUAUUAUUACUCAUUGUUGUUAUUAUAAAUAUUAUAAAAAAAUCGAUAAAACGCAUUUUUAAAAUAUAUAAUAAGAAAUGAUUAUUUUACAGAACACACUUUUUGACUAAUUAAAUAAAUAAUUGAAUACAAAAUAGCAUUGGUAAUAGCGCAUAAUAAGAUCUAUAUAAUUUAAUUCAUAGAAUAUAAUAUGUUUGCUAUGAAUCCCCUUGUGCACUCCCUCUUGUUUCUACUCUCAUUUUUCUAUCCCUCGUCUGCUAAUUCUCUAUUAUCGACAAAUCUUCCCUUAUAAGGAAGCAUUCAUCUGCAAGUGAAGAUUAGAUGAUAAGGGUUAAUCUAUUCAGUUUUUAAAUAUCAGGCGGUGUGUUGGUUAAAACAGAAACUAAUACACUAGUACAUAAUUUUGUGUACUGUAUUUAAUUUGUGUUAUGAUCACAUUUCAACAAAAAAAAACUUUGUACAUGCUUGAAACUAAAUGAUACGCAUUAUUGCAAUCGUAUUCCUAUAAAUAUAACAUAAGUAUAGAUGAAAUUGUAUAUAUGUAUGUUAUAUACGCUUUGAGAUAAAUGUAUUGAUAGGAACAAUUUUUACUAUAACUAUAUCAAAAGUGAUUAUUAGUAUUAAAACAAAAAGUAGUUUAAACUAAAAAGUCAGCGCUGUGUUUUUAUUUUUAUUUUGAAAGAAUCGUAUUCAUAAUUAAGAAAGGGCAGAUUUUCUUAAACACAAAAACAUAUUCUGUUUUAUGAUUUUUCAUGUGCAUACAACUUAUAAAGCUUUUUUUUAAUCGAAUGGUAAAAAUUGUUAUUAAAAUAUGUUAUUAUUGUACAUUGCAGACUUGUUAAUAUUAAUAUUUGUACC